CCUAUAGUUACCUCGACUAUUGAAGCUUUUCCAUAUACUAGAAUGAGCAUCAGGUCCGUAUCCUUCUCCGCCAUUUGAAACUCGAGGCACUAUCAACAAACCGGAAAAUAAUCGGAGGAAGGUAGGCGGGUCAAGUCCCCGCGUGUCGAUGUCAUCGUCGGAGGAACUCCGUAUACCUCGGACACUAUCAAUUUAAUGCCUUCACGUUAUUCAACAGCCGAUCAAACACCAGAGCGCCAGCGUUGGUUGAAGUAAAGAAUAACACGAUUUCCCAAGAAUCAGAUCAAAUCGCAAUGGAUUUCGCUUCUGUGGUGAAAGGAAGCCUUCUUAUAGGGCUGGCCGCCGCCCAAACAGGAGCCACCGGCCCGAUUGCCGAAAAAUGCGGCCCUUCGGUAGUAUGCGUCAAUAAGUAUGGGAAUAUUCUCCCUGAUCACUUUUACCGGAAUGUAUCCACGAUGGAAGCAGUGACAACAUUCGGCGACACGACCGUAGCCAACGGGACGCGCCUAGACAGCAUCAAGGCAGCCGAUUUCCUUGUCUACGAUCGCGAACGAGGACUCGAUAUACUGGGCCCCAAACCCAGCUACGAGUUCGUCUUCCGCGUCAACGAAGCCGUCCACGAAGCACCGGUCUACGUCGAGUCCCAGAACAAAUUGUACCUGUCGCAGCUUGCGCCGCCCACGGGCUAUCUGCCCCAGCUCGUGGUAGACUUGAACGAAGAUCCGCCUACUUUGUCGGAAUUCCUCUCCGACCCGCCUGUGUAUGCGCCCAACGGCGGGACAUUCCACGACGGGAAGAUCGUGUGGGGCGCGUCGGGUGGAAACCGGUCGAUUGGCGGCACCGAGCAGCGGGUGUCGCUGAGGACGUUGGAUCCGGAGACGGGGAAGACUGCCAUGCUUGUUAAUAAUUACUUCGGAUAUUAUUUCAACACGAUUGAUGACGUGGCGGUUCACCCGAAGACUGGGGACAUCUGGUUUACUGAUCCGCAAUACUCAUGGUUCAAUGACCUCACCGACACCCCCCCUCAACUUCCAAGUGCUAGCUACAGAUUCAACGCGCCCUCAGGUGCGGUCAUCGUGGUCGACGACAGCAUCGGGCAACCUAAUGGCAUUGCGUUCACCCCCGAUGGCUUGACCCUGUAUAUCAGCGAUACGGCUGCGGUGAGCGCACCGGUCGAUCCGAAAUACGGCCACCCUGGAGGGAAAUACAACACCACUCACCGAAGGACGAUCUACGCCUUCGACGUCAGUGAAGAUGGAACAAAAGCUUCCAACAAACGCCCCCUCUAUCUGUCUCCCGGCUUCGUGCCCGACGGGCUGAAGGUGGCUCAGAAUGGGUAUAUCCUCACUGGGGCUGGGAUGGGGGUCGAUGUGCUCGAUCCGUCUGGUCAGCUGCUUUUGACGAUCCAGACCAAUUAUACCGUGCAGAACUUUGCUUGGACUGGGCCUGAGUUGAAGACAUUGUGGUUGAUGGGCAAUGGGGGCAUCAGCAGGGUUGAGUGGGAACUUGCUGGCCAACGGUUAACCUGAUGGUUUAUCUUGGACUGUAGCAGACUGUAGAGGCUUGAAGUAUAAGGUCGACACAUG